AUGGGCACCGGGAUCCAAUCGCAGUUUUGGCCCGAGAUUACGCCGCCGCUUCCCUUGCCAAUGCGUCCACGAGAGACCGGCAAUGCAUGGACAGCGGAACCUGUGAGUUCAGGUCCCUGGGCCCCAGAAGGCAGCUUGCGCAGAGUUGCGUCCAGAAUGCCACCAGCGCAAUCUCCGCAGCUGAUGCAGCUUCUGUUGCUCCUGGUGCUCGCGGGACUAUCUGGGGCACAAGACAUUCAGAUGUGUGAAAAUAUUCGAGAUGAUUUGGGCGCAGCAUCCUGUGCUCAAGUGCUGGAAGGAAAUGCGAAAGGCUUCCGGCUCACUGGAACGAUGAGCGAUCCGCUGAGGUUUGCAGGCCUGGGUUUCGAUGACAACAUUGCCGGCGGCGAAACGCCUGGAGCGCUAAAUGUAUGCAUGUUGGCAGCAUUUGGCGAUGGUGGUGUCAUCCCGGCUGCCUGCGUACCAACAGUCGGAACAACUGCUGACCAAUGGGAUGGAGUGCCGGAGAUGCACUACUUUGGAAUGAUUGGCUUUGAUUGCAGCUUCAACCACGCCGCUUACGCGGUGGGUGAAACCAUUGACUGGAAUUACCCUACAGGGAAUACUUGUGUCGGUGAUGGGGACCUGGAUGUGGGACUGACGUCUAUCAAGUGUAUGUUCGAGUCAGCGUGCGAGCUGGGGACUACAACGACUACGAUGGCAGUUGUAACAUCCACGACCUUUACAACCACUCAGACUCAGUCUACGACCUUGACAGCCACUCAAUCUACGACCUUGACAACCACGCAGUCUACAGUUUCAACAAGCAUGACAAGUUCGAGUGCAACGAACACAGUGACAACGACUGCGGUGACGACCACUCGAAGUUCCACCACCACAGCGACCUACACUGCAACCACCCGCACUGCUACAACUACAGGUACCGGCACCUAUACAACUGCAACCACCACAUACACAACUGUAACAGUUACCAGAAGCACCAGGUCCACUACUUCCACAUCAUCACUUGUUUCUACGAGCAAGACUACGACGAGUGCAACGGCUUCUCUCACUCAGACUCGGACAACCGUAUCAACCACUCAUACAAGCGUUACAACGUCCUUGACGCGCACCUCUGCCACCACCUCCAUCAGCACCACUACGCUUACGGCUUCCACCACCUUUACGGCUACAAGUGCAACCGUUACCGAAACAAUCACCAACACAGCUACUGGCACUGCCACAGUCACGGUCACCACUGAAACCUUGACGGCUACGGCUGUGACCUCCACCAGCACCACGACUGCCACCUCCACCGGCACUGCCACCAGCACCGUGACGAGCACUGGUAGUCCCGAUAUCAACGUCACGGGACGUUUCUGCCCGGAGUCACCCAUGAUUGCAAACAGCGCCAGUUUGGCUCAUUGUGCUGGAACACCUCACGACGGCGUCUGCGAUGUGGAGUGCUCCGAUGGAUUCAGCAGACCCGGACUUGCAGAUGUCGUCCUUGCACUUUGCCAUGAGGGACAGUGGCGAAUCCGAGGCGAAUGCCUCCCAGAGGGUGCGAAUGUCACGCAAUCUGGUGCGGCCCAAGUCUUGCUUGAUGUCUCCGUGGACCUUCCGGAGCUGACCAACUUCAGCGAUGGCUAUUACUGGGCACGAGCACAUGAAACGGCUUUGUAUUGGGCAUUCGCCAAGACACUCGGGGUGCAUCCAGCUGAACUGCGCAUCGAACUUCUCCAAGCGCGUGGGUUGGUGCGUCGGCUGCUGCUCUCACUGUCGCACGUGGCCUUUACCGUUCGUCUUACUAUGCUGCUGCAGGUGAAUGUAUCCAGAGCUGCGAUGGAGCAGGCUGCUCAGGAGCUUGCUGGCCUGUCUUCGGUUCCCAAGAUGGCCGUGUUUGAGGCUGCCCUCCUGGAGGAGCUUGACAUAUCCAACCAGACAGACGGCAAUAUCUCAGCUGCCUCCUCGGUAGCGGAUUUGAUGAUGAUCGAUGACUACACGCUGGCGCAGCCAUCGUGGUACGUUUCAAACUGGGAUGUGUCUGGUUGUGACGACUACUGUGCCAGCGGUUCUGGCGGUGGUGGCCAACAGGUCGGUGAGGUGCUCUGCAGUCGUGGACUCCGCUUGGCAUGUGAAGGUCCCAUGCAGUCCAUGGCCGGUCCGCAGCCGUCCGCCACGCGAAGCUGUCCGCCCUGUCCUCCCCAGGUGCCGGAGGCUUUCGGCAUGCCGAUGUGGGCCCUUGGAAGUGCCGGAGUUCUUGGGUGCUGCUGCUGCACGUUAUGUGGCAUCUUCCUUGCGUAUCGCUGCCUUCGGGCUGUGGCCAGGGCAAUGCCUCCAGAGCCUUUCUCCGGAACGAAGCACCUCAAGGACAUGAAGGAUAUCGAGGCAUCCUAUACUGUCCAGCCUGCCGUGCGGCCUAUCAAGUCGAGGAAACGUACAGUCAACUUCAACGAUGCCGAGCCGGGCUUUAUGCGCCGCCUGAGCACUUUCCGUACCAAAUCCAUGGCCACUGAUGCGCAGUCUGAGGAGAUGAACGUGGAAGAGACCAAGACGCAUGUUGUCUGGAAUGUGGAUAUGUCGCAGCUCACGACCAUGUUUCCGCAGACCACUUCAAAAAGCGACAGGCAAGAGCAGGACCAGCCAGGCAGAUCAAGCCUUCGAGAUGCAUCCAGUCCAAAGCGCAGCAAUUCGCGUGUCAUUCAGCACGCCUCUUUCACGCCUGGGUUGGGCUCUGACGAACCGUCUGCGGAGAGUCCUUCUCACAAGCAGACGUCGCCAUCGGCAGCAAUCUCGAGACAGCGCUCCGGCACACUGCUUGAUCGCUUUGACCUCGUGGGUCCGACGGAGACAGACAUCACCCUGGAGUGGUCAAAGCUGUGA